GUGACUGAAAAAAAAAAGGGAAGUCAUUUCAUGAAUAAAAAUCGGAGCGCAACAGUGCAACAAAAUAUUCUGUACUUCAAGGCGAGACGCAGGCAGAUGUUGACAAAGACGCCGCCGCUCCUACAACCAUGUUCAGAUACAAUUUUUGCUAACUGCAUAUAUAAACACGAGCAGAAGGCCGGGCCUCUCUGUAAGCACCGGCAGCACCAGAAGAAGCUGCAUCUUCCGACGCAGCCAGAAGGACCUCAGAACAGAGCCGGAGCUGCGGAGUCUCGCAGCUGCCUGGCCGGGCUGCCCCAGAAGCCGCAGCGCUCAGCCGCCCUCUCCUCUCCCCUCCUCACCCUCUCCUUUCACUUUCUGUCUUUUUCUUAAUCGCUUGCUUUUUUUCUCCCCGCGGACUUACAGCCACUGGGCUCCCCCUCCCCUUGGCGAGUCGCCUCCUCUCUCUUUCUGUUCCUUCUCCAUCUUCCUCACCCCCUUCCUCGUCUCCACGUCGCGCUUCCUUCCAGUUCCGAGCUUCUGCAAACUUUUGAGCACAAUCCUAAAGCCUCAGCAAACAAGUCCUCCGGCUCCGCCUGCUGCUCCCGCUCGCCCUGCGGCUUCCCUUCAGAUCCCGAAGCCAGAUGGUGAAGCCUCUCGGCUUCUGACUCCGGCGCAGAAACUUGAAAGAGCCCUUUGCCCGCCGUCCUACUUGGCAGCGGAUCCCCUCCUAGCAGCGGUAAGAGUUGAAUACGAAGGGGGAAAAAUCUCACCAAAGCAAAGACUCCCUGGACUGCUGCUCUCUUCCCUUCUUUGGCAUCGGCAUAGGGAAUGACCAUGUGCAGCGGAGCGAGAUUGGCCCUGCUGGUCUACGGGAUAAUAAUGCACAGCAGCGUUUACUGCUCACCUGCAGCCGCCGGACUCCGGUUCCCUGGGAUCAGACCGGAGGACGAGGCGUACGACGAGGACGGAAACCCGCUGCAGGACUUCUACGACUCGGACCCGCCGGGCGCAGGGAGCCCCGCCUCCGCGCUGCGGGACGCCUACGCGCUCUACUACCCAGCUGAGCGCAGAGACGUCGCCCGCGGGAUCCUUAACCAAGCGUACCGCAGAGUGCUGGAUCAGCUGUCGGCCAGGAAGUACCUGCAGUCCCUCGUGGCCAACGGCGUGGGUGGGGACGUAGGCGGCGGCGCGGAGGAGGAAGACGACGAAGACUCGGAGCCGCUCUCCAAGCGCCACUCGGACGGAAUCUUCACGGACAGCUACAGCCGCUACCGGAAACAAAUGGCUGUCAAGAAAUACUUGGCGGCAGUCCUGGGGAAAAGGUAUAAACAAAGGGUUAAAAACAAAGGACGCCGAAUAGCUUUUUUGUAGCAAUGAGUUACCAGCUUCCCUGUGUAUACAACCCUGACACAAUGAAAAGUCGUUUUCCAAACUGACCAAACCAGUCAUCGCUCGUGUGUUCUAUCCAAACAUGUAUUUAUGUAUGAAGUAAAGCCAUUAAAUGAAUAUUUUGAUAAUAAUAAUUGUUUUUUCUUUUUACAAAGCACUAGAGAAUGCACAGAUAUACUUUGUGGACCAAUUAUUGAUACUAUCUUAUAAACAUAGAUUAAGAGUAUAUAUAUAAGUAUAAUAGAGAGCAGUUCAUACAGAGCGUGCACAAGGAUUGAAAAUUCGCCUGAGCUGUUUAUGUUUUUAUAUAAAGUAAAUAGAAAAAAUAGACAAUCAUUGUUUUGAAUAUUAGUCCUAUUUUUGUAAACUGGAAUUAAAAGGAUAGUAUUUUUAUCCGCAACAGGGCUGAAGAUGUUAAUAUUGACCAUUUGCUACUGUACAUACACAAUGACGCCCUGCUGGGGGAGGUUCUGAGGAGUGGUUUGCAGAAUCGCUGAGGGGCUUCUCUCCUAGUGAGCCUCUGGGGCUGGCCCUUCAGUCCCUGCCUCCCUCCAUCCGGUGGGCACCGUCCUGCGGGCUGGGUGGCAAUCCCAAUACUUUUGCUUUCUUUGAUUCUACUUUUUAUGUAAUUUGUCUCUCUUCAGACUCUCAGCCCAGAAGGAAAUUCUAAUAAAACAACAGCUCAAUUCAAAUUGUGCUUCUCCCCAGAAUUCAUGCCACUCCCUGGGGGAGGAGUUGAGGAAUUGUACAGAGGAGGGAGGCUUGGAUAGGAAGCUCUCUUUCCUGUACUUCCAGAUUCACCAGGGACUGUACUAUCCCAAGGUUAGGGCAAUUGGAACAAAAUGAAAGAAAUGGAGUUUUAUUGGAAGAGGCAGAGCAGAGGCAGAAGAGGAGGACCCUGGAGAGGGACGGUUUGAGCAGCCCCCACCUCCCAGUCCGGCUGUCUGGGGGCAAGUCCAGUGCACUGCAGUCCAGUCCGCUGCCUGUCUGACUUGGGAUGCUGGGUAUUGGAAAUGGAUGCAAAGUACAAUGUGUUUUUCUCAGUGCUGUCCACGCUUCUCAUCUUGUGAAGUGGCCAGGAUCCUCCCCUUUGAGCCCUGCUUUGUAAAAAGCCACCGUUUUCCUUCCUGGUUUUUCUGGAGACCCCUCCUUCCUAUCCUCCUGCGCUGUUUAAGGACUGUUUACCAUUUUAUUUUCAUUUGCUUCUUUUAAACUUGUGAAUGCUUUUCACUUUUGGUUGUUUGAUGCAAGCAGCUACUGUAAAGCUUAGGAACUCCUGUGUAGCUACCAGUGAGUAAUUAUGCACUAAAUACGAACUUUCUGUUUCUUGUUUAUUGAGUUUGUAGGUAAAAUGUAUUUUUCUACAUUCUGGCUUAUUGCUUAGUAAAAUUUAUUUCAUAAAAUCAAUCUUUGUCAUAAUAGAAUGUGUAGUUGUCACAUGUUGCUCAGUUUUACUGAUAAACCAUUGAAACCUCAUCUUCUCAUGUAUGAGUACUAUCUUAUAUCUGUGACCAAGAGCAAGGUAAGCAGCUCACACAACCCACCCUUGUAUCUUUCCUUGGCUAAAGAAAGCAUGUCUGUUUCCUGUCAAUUUCUUCAACAUAUAGAAUAAUCUCUAUAAACAAAGAACCUUCACCCAGCAACCAGAUCAAGCAGCAACAGACAAACCAACCAGUUUCCCAAAUUUCAGAACACAAAUUUUUGUGGGGGGGGGGAGAGAAAAAAUUUAAGUAUCUCAUGUAUAAAAGUUUAAAAGACCUUUCUUUUUUCUUUAUGGAUUUGAUCAGUAUGAAAUCGUACAUGAAAGAAAACAGAAUUGUAUUUGCAUUCCCAGAUGGGGAUGGAUGCUGCCAGAGAUCACAUUGCGAAUGGUGAAAUAAAGAGGCAUUUGCUCUGGGCCUGAGUCCUGGCCGCAGGAUCAAUCUUUCUUUAAUUCUGCAGUCUCCUCAGGCAAUGUGACCCGGGAUGCGGUUUGCAGCUUUAGUGCCUUUCUUCGCCUUUUAAAUCGCCACGAAUCACAGAUGGCUAUUUAGUGGCCCUACAAUGCUGCAGCACAUUGGCUUGCAUUUUAGUCUUAAUUAUUUGUCUCUUGGAUAAUGGGCAGAGUUUUCUGUAUUUGUGUCAGCUGUCAGUGGUGAAAUAUGGCUCUAGUUAACCUUUUAUUUAUGAAGUCUAAUCUAGUGUGCCCGUGGCUAGCUGCAAUCAUUUUACAGUGAUCACCCAGUUUAAUCUUUUGUAUACUUUUUAGAAAUGCCAAGAGCCUUACUACCAGGAGCAGAGUUAUGAUAUAGUGAUAAUUUAGGUAGAUGUUAGUCUUGAAGCUCUUAUUUUGUGUGCAACUGAUUAUAAAAACAUCUUAACCAAGUAUUAUGACACACAUGAUAUCUAUAACUAGGACUUUGAUAACUGUUAUAUAAAGUGUGUAAAAUUUGUAUGAAUAAAUUUUUGUAAACAAUGCAA